GCUUUUUAUACUAAUUUUGAUUUUGGUUAGGUUAUUACUAUUUCUUUUUAUUCUGAAAACACAGCUUCUUGCUUCUCUCUCUAGCCACUCUCUCAAGAUGGGUGGAAGUGCAAUAAGUGAUGAUUGGGAAUUCGCUGCAAAUGGAGCUCGGACUCUGGUUCUGGUUGGGCGUACAGGUAAUGGUAAAAGUGCUACAGGCAAUAGCAUUCUUGGAAGAAAGGCAUUCAGGUCAAUGUCUAGCUCGGCUGGUGUUACGAGUACUUGUGAGCUACAGAGGACUGUACUAGAAGAUGGACAAAUACUCGAUGUGAUUGAUACCCCUGGAUUAUUUGAUUUUUCUGCUGAGCCUGAAUUUAUUGGAAAUGAGAUUGUUAAGUGCAUCAACAUGGCCAAGGAUGGGAUUCAUGCUGUUCUUGUAGUUUUAUCUGUGCGGACUCGCUUUUCAAGAGAAGAACAAGCUGCUGUUCAGAGUCUGAGGGAGUUCUUUGGGGGCAAAAUUAGUGAUUACAUGGUUCUGGUUUUUACUGGUGGGGAUGAUCUUGAAGACAAUGAAGAAACUUUGGAGGAUUACCUAGGUCGUGACUGCCCUGAGCCUUUAAAGGAUAUCCUCGCCAUGUGUGGAAAUAGGCGAGUGCUUUUUGAUAACAAGUCUAAAGAUCAUUUGAAGAAAGCCGACCAAUUGAAACAACUACUUUCCCUGGUAAAUGUGGUCGUAGAGAAUAAUGGUGGAAAACCAUAUACAGAUGACUUGUUCAAGGAAUUAAAGAAAGGAGCCAUCAAACUUAAAAAUCAAGCAACUGAGGUUAAUAACUUGGUGGGAUAUUCGAAGCAAGAGAUAUUAGAGUUGAAGGAACAAAUGCAGAAGUCAUAUGAAGAGCAACUGAGGCGAAUAACUGAAGUGGUUGAGUCAAAGCUGAAGGAUACCACACAUAGGCUUGAAGAGCAAUUGGCGAAAGAGCAAGCUGCUCGGUUGGAGGCAGAACUAAGUGCGAAAGAAGCACAGAAGAAAUCAGAUAACGAGAUUCGCAAGUUGAGAGAAUAUUUGGAGAGAGCUCAAAGGGAGACUGAGGAGCUUCGUGGUCGUUCUGCAGAUCGUGGCGUGUGUAAUAUUUUAUGACAAAGUUAUCGAUAUAUAGACAUAUAUAUAUAUAUAUAUACUCUUUUCGGAAGAAUCUGCCACUAAAGUGAAUUUACUCUGCUUUGACUCUUUUCCACCCUCUUCUAUCAUGCAAAAGAGAGUGAUAUUUUAAUAUGUUGAUUAUAUAUUGCGAUAUAACAUUUGUGUAUGGUCAUGAGUAUCAAUCAGAUCAAACUGAAGGAUCAAGGAA